AUGACCCUCUCCCGUCCCCAUCUCCGCCCCUUAAACUUCCUCCUCAUAUCCUGCUACCUUGGCGCCAUAUCCAAUGGCUACAUCUCCUCGCUCAUCUCCGCGCUGCUCUCCAACCCCCUCUUUUCCUCAAGCAUGCGCAUAUCCCCCCUCCAACUCGGCCUCCUCACUUCCGCCCAUUCAAUCGGCUGCAUCGCCUCCUUCUUCCCCGCGCCCUAUGUCAGCGAGCGCUUCGGCCGUCGCCGCGCAAUCCAAUUGGGAAAUGUAGCCAUGCUCGCCGGCUUCGCGGGCCAGAUCGCCAGCAAGAGCUACAUCCCCUUCCUGCUGUGCAGGAUGUGGGUGGGUUUCGCGAGUAUGUUCAGCACCAUCAGCGCGGCGGCACUCGUUAUUGAACUCGCGCUCCCGCGGCAGAGAAGCGUAGCCGGCGCGCUAUUCAACACGUGCUGGUUCCUGGGUGCCAUUGCCUGCGCGUGGACAAGUUUCUUCUGCCUCAAAAUGCACGCGAGUGAAUGGAGUUGGCGAAUCCCCGUCGCAGUACAAGCUAUCUGGGCAGCCGCGCAGGUGCUGCUGAUAUACUGGUGUCCCGAGAGUCCCGUGUGGCUUUAUCGCCGGUCGCGCGAGGCGGAGGCCAGGGCGAUUCUGGUCAAAUACCACGCCGACGGGAAUGCAGAGGAUGUAGGCGUGUUGGUUGAAAUCGCACAUCUCGCUGCCUCGACUUCAUCCCAACCUCCGACCUCCCCUUGGUCAACACUGUACUCGACACCGGGACACCGCCGCCGCCUACUCAUCAGCAUCAUCAUCGGCGUGUCCACGCAAUGGGUCGGAAACGGCAAUAUAUCUCUUCUAUUCAAAAGCGUCAUUUCAUUCUACCUGGCCCCCGUCCUCGCCACAAUCGGCAUCUCCUCCCCACUCACCCAACAAUCCAUAAACGGCUCGCUGCAAAUCUACACCUUCGUCAUCGCAAUCAUCUCCUCGCUGCUCUCCAACGUCUUCGGCCGCCGCCGCCUGAUCCUCACUUCCACCUCCACCAUGCUGCUCUUCAUGCUGCUCGUCACCGUCUUCUCCUACCUCUACACAUCCACCGCGACACCCAGCUACGGCAUCGCCGGAUACGUCAUCGGCCUCACGCCCAUCCCCAUCCUCUACGUCAACGAGAUCUGGCCCGCGCACAUCCGCACAAAGGGCACGAGCGUGUUUUGGGUCAGCCAGGCCGUCGCCGUGUGCUUCAACCAGUUUGUCAACCCCAUUGCGCUGCAGGAGAUUGCGUGGCGGUAUUACCUCGUGUAUGUGGGCGUGCUGUGUGCCGUCAUUGCGUUUGUGUGGUUCCUGGUGCCCGAGACGAAGGAUUUGAGUCUCGAGGAGAUUGGGCGGAUGUUUGAUCGCGGGAGGGGGCCGGAAGGGGAGGAGGUGGAGUUGGCGGAUGUGGCUGGGAGACGGAGUGGGGAUCUGGAGGAAGUGAGGGUGUAG